AUGGGCUGUUCCCAUGUUAGGCGGGAGUCUCUAUUGAUUCCCAAAAAGGAUGGAACGUCCAUGCUCGUUGCAGGCGUAUUGAAGGCUGAAGUGCGGUCGCCAUGCGAUCGGCUGGGGUCAAGGAGGAGAGGAUGCCCAAUGCCCCACGAGAUUGGCUCUGGUAAGGAAAAAGGUUCCUUGAACGAUGAUCGGCCGAUAGAUGAUGAGAUUGACCACCAAGAAACGCAGAAGUGGAUUGGGGGCGUCGCCCUGGGCCUGUGCGUGCAUCCUCCGGAGCACAUUGUCGAAGCGAAUCAGCCUAGCAACUAA